AUGGGCAACCGUGCGUCGCGCUACAACCGCCCCGCCGCCGAGCAGCAGCCGGCCUCGUCGACCCUGCCCAAGCCUCAGACCCAGCCGCCGCCGCCGCCGCCGCCGACGCAGACGCAGCAGCAGUACCAGCAGGCCCCGCCGCCGCCGCAGCAGUCGCAGCAGAAGCCGAAGCCGGCGGCGGUCGCGGUCGCGGUCGCGGGGGCGGGGGCGGGGGCGAGGGCGGUGGGGCGCGUGCUGGGGCGGCCCAUGGAGGAUGUGCGCGCGAUCUACACCUUCGGCCGCGAGCUCGGGCGGGGCCAGUUCGGGGUCACCUACCUCGUCACGCACCGGGAGACCGGGCAGCGCUUCGCCUGCAAGUCCAUCGCGACGCGGAAGCUCGUCCACCGCGACGACAUCGAGGACGUGCGCCGGGAGGUGCAGAUCAUGCACCACCUCACGGGCCACCGCAACAUCGUCGAGCUCCAGGGAGCCUACGAGGACAGGCACUCGGUCAACCUCGUCAUGGAGCUCUGCGAGGGCGGGGAGCUCUUCGACCGAAUCAUUGCCAAGGGCCACUACACCGAGCGCGCCGCCGCUGCGCUCUGCCGCGAGAUCGUCGCCGUCGUCCACAGCUGCCACUCCAUGGGGGUCUUCCACCGGGAUCUCAAGCCCGAGAACUUCCUGUUCCUCAAUAACAAGGAGGACUCCCCGCUCAAGGCCACGGACUUCGGCCUCUCCGUCUUCUUCAAGCACGGGGAGACGUUUAAGGAUCUUGUGGGAAGUGCGUAUUAUGUUGCUCCUGAGGUACUGAAACGGCACUAUGGGGCAGAGGCUGACAUAUGGAGUGCUGGGGUUAUUCUUUACAUCCUUCUGUCUGGUGUUCCUCCUUUUUGGGCAGAGAAUGAGGAUGGCAUAUUUGAUGCCGUCUUGCGUGGUCACAUUGACUUCUCUUCUGAUCCUUGGCCUUCAAUAUCUAAUGGUGCAAAGGAUUUGGUUAAGAAGAUGCUGCGACAAGACCCAAAAGAACGCCUGACUGCUGCUGAAAUUUUGAACCACCCAUGGAUUAGAGAGGAUGGAGAGGCUCCAGAUAAGCCACUUGACAUUACUGUCAUCGGUAGAAUGAAACAGUUCAGGGCAAUGAACAAGCUCAAGAAAGUUGCAUUGAAGGUUGUGGCUGAGAACUUAUCAGAUGAAGAGAUUAUGGGCCUAAAAGAAAUGUUCAGAUCCCUAGAUACAGAUAACAGUGGGACAAUUACUCUUGAAGAGCUAAGAUCUGGUUUACCAAAACUUGGUACUAAAAUUUCUGAAUCAGAAAUCAAACAGUUGAUGGAGGCGGCUGAUGUUGAUGGAAAUGGUACCAUUGAUUAUGCGGAGUUUAUAUCAGCCACAAUGCACUUGAAUAGAUUGGAGAAGGAAGACCACAUACUCAAAGCUUUUGAAUAUUUUGAUAAGGACCACAGCGGAUACAUAACAGUAGAUGAGUUGGAAGAAGCUCUGAAGAAGUAUGAGAUGGGAGAUGACAAAACAAUAAAAGAAAUCAUUGCUGAAGUAGAUACGGACCAUGAUGGAAGAAUUAAUUACCAGGAGUUUGUUGCCAUGAUGAGGAACAACAGCCCUGAGAUUGUUCCAAAUCGGAGGCGCAUGUUCUAA